GCCUGUCCACUAUAUAAGCUGGAGAAGUCGAGGGUUGAGUAUCAGUCGACCAGCGAAGACAACAUUGAAGAUAAACAUGAAGUUCUUGAUCGUCCUUGCUAUUGCCAUCGCCGUGGCCCAGGCCACCCCUGAACGUCAGAGACGUUCCUUGGGUCUAGGAUGGGGCCUCAGUCCCUGGGGACAUAAUGGCGCAGUUGUGCUAGGUGGCCUAGGGCACGGAGUUGCCCUUGCAGGACCCGUCGCACCUUCCGUAGCCGUGGUGGGACCGGCUGGACCAUCGGCUGCAGUGAUCGGACCUCACGGUGGGUCAGCCGCUGUUAUUGGGCCUGUUGGACCUUCUGCUGCAGUGGUCGGACCGCACGCUGGAUCUGCCGUCGUCGCAGGACCCGCCGGUACGAUAGUUGCACCAGGAGUGGUAGGACACGGAGUCUGCUUGUUGGUACUCUGUAUAUUCCUGGCAUUCGCCCACGCCAGUAUUUGGCCGUAUCACGGAUCAACUGGCUACGCAGCAUCCAGUGGAGCUGUUAUCAGUUCAGCGUACAGCGGCUCCGUUGCAUCUUUGAAUGCACCUGUAGCGUGGGCUGGUGUCCCGGUCAUUGCAGGACCAACUGCCCCAUCCGUUAUUGUCAAAGGAUCUGUCGCUGGACCAGUUACACUCACGGGACCAGUUGGCGGGGCGUCUGCCGUUACUGUCGAGAAAGCAUCAACUGUAGUAGCAGGUCCUGCUGAAGGGUCGGUGCUAGUCAAGGGUCCUACGAAGGGUCCAGUGUCAAUCGUGGGACCUUCGGAAGGAUCGGUUACCGUAACGGGACCAAACAGUGGAUCUUCUGCAGUUGUAGCUACCAGUUCAGCUGCAGUCGUUGCUCCUCCCUCAGGACCAAUCGUCAUUGCUGGUCCAACUUCAGCACCAGUCACAAUUACCGGUCCAGUUGGCGUAGCUGCAGCUGUUGCUACAUCGGGUGUUGAAAUUGUAGGUACUCCAGUGUCCGGUGCUGUUGUGUCUGGUCUUGUUUCUGGGUCCGUGACUGUCGCUGGGCCAGCUAGUGGCACCGUCUUGGUUCAAGGACCUGUUUCCGCAUCGACAGUUAUCCAAGGCUCUAGUUCUGGUACUGUAGUUUUGAAAGAACCAGUAGACACUGUCACCGGCCUCUCCGAAUUAAAGGUAGUGUCUCCAUUAGUGACGCCUCUGGUAGCACCGACAGUAGCAGUAUCCGGUCCAUCCGUAGGAUCCGUAGCAGUAUCAGCUCCCGUAGCGCCAUCUGCAGUGAUUGCUGGUCCUUCGGGGACAAUAACCACUUCUUCCGGUUCCGACAGCCUCGUAAAAAAGCACCUAAUCCCAGUCUGGAGUAAAUGGUAACGAGAACUGUCGAAUUUAAGGAGACGUAAAAGGAGCAACAAAAAAAAUACAGAAAAAUAUCCAAAGAGAAAAAGAGAGAUGCUAAUAGUCGAAGGAAUUUCCAAAGAGGAUAGCCUUUGAGAUCUGCCAAGAUUGAGAGUAGCUCGAUUUGACUCUGCGCAGUGAAUCUUUGAUCCACGUGUAAACGUUAAAAAAAAAAAAGAUCAUAAAAUUAAAUCUUUACGAUUCAUAUAAUUUUCAAAUAG